UCGUACUUAGCUGCAGAGGUAAAAGAUGUUUGGAAAAUGUAGCCCUUAACAACAUAAAAUUAGUUCAAUGUCGCUCUUCUCAAAAAAGUGUUUCGAGUGCUGAUGCGUCUUGUGAGCUUAAAAAGUGCUAAAAUGGGUAAGCAGAAUGCACCCCGCUGUACAAAAACCACGAACCAAUACCGUAUCCCUAUACCUCUCGAACCUUUGAAAGAUGGUCAUAGUAUGGAACCCAAAGAAAGAACUUUCCUGGAAGCUGCUGAAAGAGGAGAUCGUCCAACUAUGGUUCGAUGUUUACAAAAGCCCAACCCAGUAAAUGUGAAUUGUACUAACAUACUUGGGCGAAGCGCGAUUCAGAUUGCAGUGGACAACGAAAAUGUCGAAAUAGUUGAGCUUCUAUUGCAACAAGAGAGCGUCAAGAUUGGAGACGCUCUCUUGUACGCAAUUAGAGAAGGUGUUUAUAAAAUUGUUGAAAUGCUGAUAAACCAUCCGAGCAUUACAAGUGAGAUGCUUGCUAAUGAUUGGGCAAAAACUCGCCAACCAGGCGAAGAGAGCUCUGAUUACUCCCCUGAUAUAUCUCCUAUUAUCCUUGCUGCCCAUUGUAAUCAGUUUGAAAUUCUGCAGUUGUUGCUAUCUAGAGGUGCAGUCAUUGAAAAACCCCAUCCUCUGUCAUGUUCAUGUCAAAAAUGUCAUGAAGGAAUGCAUACAGACAGUUUACGCUAUUCUUUAAGAAGAAUUCAUACUUAUAAAGCCCUUGCAAGUCCUGCUUGGAUGUCUUUGACGAGUGAAGAUCCCAUUCUGACAGCAUUUAAACUAUCUUGGGAAUUGGAACAUCUAGCGAUGCAGGAGAAUGAGUUUAAGGAAAUUUACGUUGAACUUAGUAACCAGUGUAAAAAAUAUUCCUGUGAUCUCUUAGAUUUAUGCCGUAGCACAGAGGAAGUAAUAGCUGUUCUUAAUAAGAAAACAGAUUCCAACUUCCAAGAAGAUGAAGAUCCUGAUAAAUUAUCUUUGUCUCGACUAAAGUUGGCAUUAAAAUACGAACAGAAACAGUUCGUAGCCCACCCCAACUGCCAGCAGUUAUUAACAUCCAUUUGGUAUGAAGGUUUACCGAUAUGGAGAAGACGGAAUGCAGUCAUGAAAAUCAUUUUAUGCGUCAGCUUAAUUACUUGUAUUCCUCUGAUUGCGCUAUACUACUUAAUAUUUCCUCGUUCACAACUAGGGAAAAUUUUUCGCUCUCCUUUUAUGAAAUUCAUAUACCACAGUGCCUCUUUCGGAUUUUUUCUUUUACUGCUGGUUUUGGCUUCUACAAGGACGGAGGGAAGUGAAAGAUCUCGCCAAAAUGUUCGAGGUCCGCCUCUAUCGUUUGUGGAAUGGCUUAUUUUCUUCUGGGUCAUUGGUAUGGUUUGGGCGGAAUGCAAGCAACUUUGGGAAGAAGGAUUAAAAGCAUAUGUUCGUCAAUGGUGGAAUUGGUUGGACUUUAUCAUGCUUAGCCUUUAUUUAACAACUUUUUCUUUGAAAGGUAUAGCUUACAUUCAGGUCCAAAGUGGACGUUACGGACCGAGAGUUCUGCAGCGCGCUUUGUGGCCAGGCAAUGAUCCUUCACUUAUAGCAGAAGGAGUAUUUGCUGUAGCCAAUGUCUUUAGUUUUGCUAGGAUUAUUUACUUAUUUCAGACUAAUCCACAUCUUGGACCCCUACAGAUAUCUUUGGGAUGUAUGAUUAUUGAUAUCGCCAAAUUUCUGUUCAUAUUUUUCUUAGUGCUGACAUCAUUCGCUUGUGGCCUUAACCAGCUCUACUGGUAUUAUGACUCUCAUACGGAAUUUUGUGAAACUAAAGUAGUAGCUGGGGAAAACAUCACUUUUAACUGUCAGUAUAACCCUGAUGCUUUCAUGACUAUGGAUGGUAGUUACAUGCAGCUGCUCUGGUCUCUAUUUGGCGUCAUUCCUAUCAAAGAUCUUGACCAAAUGGGUUACCAUAUGUUUACGAAACGAACUGGGCACUUACUUCUUGGAGCUUACAUGGUGACAGCUAUGACAGUCAUGAUUAACAUGCUCAUUGCUAUGAUGAGUCGAUCUUUUGAAGACAUUGAGGAUCAUGCAGAUAGAGAAUGGAAGUUUGCUCGAUCUAAAUUAUGGAUGGGAUAUUUCGAUGACGGAUCAACCUUACCUCCUCCAUUUAACCUUAUCAUUUCUCCUAAAGCUGUUUGCUAUUUCCUCAUGGGAACAAAACGUCUUUUUUGCCAGCUGUGCCCGCUUUUUACUAACAUCUGCCGGAAACAAAACUUCGAUCGAAGUCAAAUCAAACCAGAAAGUGAGAACGUGAAUUACAUAGGUGAUCCAUCCGAUAGUAAGCCACAUCGGCAUAACAACCACCAGCACACAGGAUUCAAUUUCCGACCAAGUGAUAUAAACUAUCAGGAUGUAAUGAAGCGACUUGUAAGUCGGUACAUACAUAUGACAAAGAAACAGUUGCGACAAGAUGGUGUCAAUGAAGAUGAUUUAUUGGAAAUUAAGCAAGACAUAUCAAGUUUACGAUACGAACUGAGAGAAGAUCGCAAAAGAGAAACAGCUAGAAACACGGGACAAAUAGACAGUAUAAAGAGGGACAUUAUUCGUUCUUUAAGAGGAAACCAAGCAUGGAUGUCACCAAACUUUGGACAAGCACCAUCCGCAGAUUUACCAAGUCCUAUGAGUUCAACUGGCGCAAUGACUCCUAUGGAAUUUGAAAGCCUCAAACAAGAACUUGUGACUUGUCUCCGUGAUGAAAUGCGACUUCUUUUGUCAAGAGACUCGCAGUAUCCCCAUGGACCCUUAGAACCUCCUACAGUCAAUUCUGAACUGUACCAAACACAUCUCUUCACACAAUUAUAGCAAAAUAGUUUAAAGAGUCAAUUAUUUGUACAGAUAUUUUACGAUGAAAAGAUAUUUAGAUCAUAUAGAUUGGGACAUUCGUAUUGAAUUUAAGGAACAUGACUCAUUCCUCGUGUAUUUGUCAAUUUGAAUAUUGAAAUUCGUUAGCGUUAUUAUUUAUUUAUUGCGUUCAUCGACUCAAAAUUUAGAAUGCAAACUUUCAAAAUUUGUUUAUUACAAAAAAUAAUUUUUAAUGGUAUAUCUAUAUACAUCUAUCGAUGCAUUACUGUUGUGGAAUUGAGUGGGAACACCACUGUAAAAUUUUCCCAAAGCGUUUCUCGAAACUAAGAACUUUUCCAAAGAAGUAAUAGUUCAUAUAAAUGGAAUAUAUAAAUGUUAAAAUUGAUGCAUUUCAAAGCAUAUUUUAUCUCUUACUGGUAUAAAUAUAUAUGAAAUUACAAGACUUAAGACUUUAAUAAGACUUAAGACUCGUGGUCUGGAUAACAUUUUAUUGAAUUUUCUUAAACAGUUUGAUCGUGUACAAAAUUAAUGUAAUUUUUAUUAUGUGAUUAAUUACUGAUAUUACCUUAGUAUAUUUUGAUUUAAUAAAUGUUAAACUCAUUAAAAAAAAUUUUAAACUGCAGGCAUUGUGUUAAAAAUAAUUUAAAGUCUUACAUGCAGCGGAAAUUUCCUCUAAGUUAUACAAGCUAGAAUGUCUUAAAGAGAACUAGUAACGUUUUAAAGGAGUUGUUGAGUCUGUUCUAAUCUUCUGUAUCUUAGUAAUCAGGAAACACAAUAUCGUUUAACAUUUUUGGAGCCCGCUGUAAAGCUGAACCAUAUAAUCGUACAAAUUAAUCCACUGACGGUUCUGGGCGUAAAAGGUCGUAUUUUAACCUGCAGUCUUCUCCGCACAGCAAAACAGGGCUUUCCAUGUUAUUAGAUAGGAAUAUAGCGUAUUGGGGUUUCCUAAUUUUGUCUAUUUUCUAAGCCGCCAGAGGGUUAAACCAUUCUUAAACUUGAUUACACGUUCUUACGGCUAAGCUUGAGCGAAAACAUGGUUCGAGAAACGAAUAUUAUGGCAUUAAAGAGAAGUACUGCGUACAUCAUCAACAAUAAGCGUAUUUAGUUUCACAGACAUCAUUUUAUACAUAGAGUCUCAAAUAAUCCCAAAACCCAUUGCACAUACGUUGAAAA